ACACCGCGAUUAAUUUUCAGAGCCGAAGGUCGUCCGCGCGCGUCGUCGCUGGAAAUCAAUUAAUAAAAACAAGAACGAAGUGAAUAACUUUAAUAAGCGAUCAGAGUGUGUGAAGAUUAUCGGCCAGAUCCAAUUGGUUUAUAUCAAACGCAGGCCUAAUCAGUUGUGGAAACGAGUGCGUGUGUGGGAGAACGCUACGAGCGUGCACGCCAAGAGCAUAAAAUCUCGGCAAUAACAAAAAAAAAACAUACAUAUGCUUGUGGUUGCGAUUGAAACGCAAGCUGUCGUUUGUUUUUCGGCCUGAUAAGUGAACAAAUCAAAGUGUUUUGAUCGAAACUGAGCCUCUGCAGAGGUGCAGCACCAAACAAAUAGCAACAAAUACCGUCAAAUCUCGAUUCCGUUCUCGUUACGUGCGCCGUGUUGUUGUCAAUGGGCAGCGUGUGCUGGUGUGUGUGUUUGGUUGCGUGCGUGAGAGCUUGCCGCCACCGCAAUUGAGGAAAAAAUAAAAAAAAAUAUACACACACACACACUGGGGAAAAUAAAAAUAGGUUCUGGCUGUGUGCGUGCUGUGUUGGUGUGCAGUGUUCAGUGACGUUGCUGCCCCCACCUCAGACUCUCUGUUUCUGUUUCUGUUUCUGUCGAACCGACAGCAUCGACGAAACGUGUUAAAGUGACGAAUAAACAACAACGGGAAAAAUCAUUGCAGGCAAUAGACAAACAGAAACAGAAUAGAUUCGAAAAAAGAAACAGACAGCUAUUUGUACACUUCCUUCGCACAUACAUCUGUGUAUACACUGUGCGCUAUUCACGGCGUACGUAAUAGUUGCCGCCGCAGACAUUAAGGCUCUGCCGUCUGUUGCUGUCUCGUUUGCACUCUUGUUUACACACCCACAUCCCCCGCCUCCACCACCGCCUCCACCCACUCGGCUCCCCGUGAUACCUCGGCCAUUCUGAAUAGAAAUCAUCAUGCAAGUGGUUGGAGUCUGCGCGGCCAGCGGAAGGAACUGUCCAGGAACAGCAGUCACGGACGCAGAGUGACAUUGGCUGGCAUAACGGAGCUGGCAGCUUUAAACGCUGCGACUUUAACGAAUUUAGAAAAUAGCACGAAAUGCACGUUUCGGCCAUAAAACUCAGGCCAGAAUCGAGGGAGAGUGAUAGCAGUCGAAGCAGCCUCCGGUUGGACAAUCAUCGAAUAUGCAGCCGGAAAGGCAGUGCAACUAGUACUAGUAGUAGUAGUUAUAGUCUUAGUAGUAUUAGUAUGGCGAAUGGUAAAUUUUUAAUGUCAUGCGCCAAAUGGCGACAUCGCCGGAAAGGCAACAGCAACAACAAAAACAACAAAGAAAAAGCAGCAUCGAGUCGCAAUAAUGAUAAUUGCAAUUAUACUACAACCAAUGAUUUCAAUAAAAUCAAUAAACUGCUGCUAAUUACGUACAUGCUGCUGAUAACAGCGGCCACAAUUUGUCAAAGCGCCGCCCAGUCGCCGUCGUCGUCAUCAUCAUCGUCGUCGUCGUCUGGCGGAGCACGGGACGGCGAAGGAGGAUCGCCUCUGACGGCGUUUCUCAAGUCUGGCGGUGCCUCGUACAAUCACCAGUUGCCGCAGCAGCAGUUGUUCGCCAUGCUGACCAGGAACGGGGGCUCUGGAGGAUCCGGAUCGGGACCUCGAGGCAACCGGGGGAAUGCGAAUCUCCAGCAAUUCCUGAACCUGCGCGAAGACGAGUCCGAUGCCGAUGUAGAUGAUGAGGACAUGGCCGCUUUGCACAUCCCGCAUCGGUCUGGACUAUCAGCCGGGGCAUCCCACCUAUCCUCCGUCCAAUCCGGGUCACUGGAGACCAACGGCUUCGUCUCGGACGAUGGGGGGCAGUACGAGCAGGCGGAGAAGGCUCUGCGAGAAGCAGCCGCCGCGGCCAACAACAAGCACAGCAAAGACUGCCCCAAGGACUGCAAGUGUGUGGCCGGGAUCUUCGAGUGCGACAAGUUGCACCUGGAGAGGGUACCUGUGCUGCCCAGCUAUGUCCAUACUUUGCAACUGGCGAACAACAAGCUGAACGACACGACGGUUCUGGAAAUUAAAAAUCUAUCCAAUUUGAUUAAAGUAACCCUGAAGCGAAAUUUGCUGGAGGCUAUACCCAAGUUCACGGGGCUAGGUGGCCUGAAGCACCUGAUUUUGGCCAACAAUCACAUUACCAGCAUCUCCAGGGAAGCCCUCUUGGCCCUGCCCUCGCUGAGAACCCUGGACUUGUCCAGAAACCAGCUACACAGUAUUGAGGCUAACUCCUUCCCCAUGCCCAACAGCCUGGGUCACUUAAUACUCAACUUCAACGAGAUAACCAACAUAGAUGUGGCUGCCUUCGUGCCUUUGAAUAAUCUGACGGACCUGGAGCUGAACAACAACCAAAUCGGUAACCUUCCCGUGGGAACCUUCCAAAACCUGACCCGCCUGAAGAAGCUAUCUCUGAACUUCAACCAUCUGGAGAUAAACUGGUCCACGUUUAAGGGCCUGGUGGCCGUGAAGAACCUGCAACUAAAGGCCAACCGGAUUCGGGCGCUGCAGGACGGCGUGUUCUACGUGAUGCGGAACAUUGAAUCCAUCGACUUGGCCCAGAACCAAAUAACCUCGCUCUCCCGCAAGGAGCUCUACAACCUGACGAAGCUGCGCCACCUGAAUCUGUCGAUGAACGCCAUUUCGCACAUCGAGGUGGACGCUUGGGAGUUCACCCAGCUGCUGGAGCUGCUAGACCUCUCCCACAACGCCAUCACCGAGUUCAAGCCUCAGCACCUGGACUGCCUGCAGCGCCUGAAGACCCUGAACCUGGCCCACAACCGAUUGCAGUACCUGCAGGACAACACCUUCAACUGUGUGAAGAACCUGGAGGAGCUGAAUCUGCGGCGCAACCGCUUGUCGUGGAUCAUCGAGGACCAGAGUGCCGCGGCCCCGUUCAAGGAUCUUCGCAAGCUGCGAAGACUCGACUUGCACGGCAACAACCUCAAGCAGAUCAGCAGCAAGGCAAUGAGUGGCCUGAACAACCUGGAGACCCUGAACCUGGGCUCCAACGCCCUGGCCAGCAUCCAGCCCAACACCUUCGAGCACAUGAUUCGGCUGAACAAGUUCGUCUUCAAGUCCCUGAACUUUAUCUGCGACUGCGAGCUGAUCUGGUUCCGCAACUGGCUUCAGAGCAAGUUUCCCCAGCACAUGCAGCACGUGGUCUGCGGCUAUCCGGAGCACCUUCUGGAUCGCCAGAUUAGAACUCUGAGCGAUUCGGAGUUGGUAUGCGUGGACUCUCCCAAGCCAAAACUGGAGCAGGAGCCGCCAGAGAAUAUGCUGGCAGUGAACGGAGCCAACAUCACUCUGGAGUGCAUUGCCAGUUCUCCGGCAGCCGCUUCACUGGCCGCAGCGGAUGAGCUGAAGAUCAAGUGGCGCCACGACAACCAGCACGUUCUGGAGCGACCGACCGCUCUCCACGACGGCUCCAGCACGGAGACGAAGAUCCACCAUGACCAGGGCACUAAUCAGACCUCCAUCUACGGCUAUCUGAGACUGACAAACGUUAGCUACGAGAGCGCUGGACGCUAUCAGUGUGUGGUGUCGAAUGCUUUUGGAACUACCUACGCCCAGAAGUUCAAGAUAUCCAUAGGAAUUCAUCCCACUUUCCUGCAAGUGCCCUCCAACCUCACCCUAGAUGCUGGCGAAACGGCUAGGCUGGUGUGCUCGGCUAGCGGCGAUCCUACUCCGGAGAUGGCCCUGCAAAAGUUCGGUGGCAGCGAAUUUCCGGCGGCCACUGAGCGCCGGUUGCAGGUGAUACGCGAGGAGAACGCCUUCUUGAUAACCAACGCCAAGCCGAGUGAUUCCGGAAUCUAUACGUGCACGGCGGUUAGCGCCGCCGGAGAGAUAAAAGUAAACGCCACGCUGGUCGUAAACGAUAAACCCCAACCGAGUAUUCCGCUGGUGCACCAAGAAGUGAUUGUCGGUCGCACCUGUGUGUUGGAGUGCUUGAGCGAAACAGCCAAUGCAGAGAUCGAGCUGGAGCAGCCGCAUCGCGAAUGGUUCAAGGAGAACAAGCCCAUACACAUCUCGGACGGGGAUCGCUACUACUUUACCAACAGCAAGGAGCUGCUCGUGAUCCUGAACGCGCAGUCCAAUGAUGCGGGUCACUACCGCUGCGAGAUUACGGACAAUUCGCGCACCUUUACCCUGCAGUCAGAGCUGGUGGUGGUCAAGGAGAACCUCAACUGGGACGUCCUACUGAUGGGCAUUAUUGCGUUGACGGUGACCUGUGUCCUGGUGGACUGCUGCAUCAUUUGGUGUACACUGCGCUACCAGAAGCGAAAGCUGAGAAUGAGCCUGGCCGCCGAGCGUUUGGCGGCUCGUACGCAGGCCAGCUUGCACUCGACGCUGGACAAGGACCAGACGCAGCUGACCACUCUCAACCGUACGCAAAUGAGACCGCACCAGUCGCAGUUGGUCCUGGACGGCAUUUCCUCGCCGCAUCAAGGGCAGGCACGACCUCGCAGCCUGGCCGACUUGGGAAGUGAAGAUAACCAGGCGGCCCACAGUCGCCUGAUUGUGACGACGACUCCUUCCUAUGAGCAGCGCUGCCUGGAGCAGGGACUGACGCUUAGGUAUCUGCAACAAACAGACCUAGAGGCCCAGCAGGAUCGCCUGUCUAGCAAGGACUCGGGCACUGGAUCCGAUGCUGCUGUCAAGCGCAGUCUGGAGGAUAUGGUGGUGGGGAUGCGCCGGCACAAGCACCACACAGACGAUGAGGAGGAUGAUGAGGAAAACGAGCUGCAGUACGCUCCCACCCGGGCUCUGGGUAUCUCCGAGUACGACGACAUGGAGGAUAUAUAUAUUCCAUCAGAGGAGCAGCAGCAUUUCCUACAGAACAACAAUCACAACUACGACGGUGGCGGGGGUGGUGGCGAUGGCGAUGCGCCGUGGACAUUUGAGCAGAAGGCUAAACCAAAUGUAGCAGGAUCACAUACCAAAAAUCCGCAACCCGCCCCCAAAUCCGCAACGAACAAAGACUGUUUAACUCAUAAUUGUAAUUCGUAGGCCGCCUUAUCGAUGCCGAUGCCGAUGCCUUUGGGAGGGAAAUAGGAGAGCUAGAGAAACAUACCAGUGUCUUCGUAAUUUAUGAAAUUAAUCAUUAGAAUCGAUUUUUCUAAAAGCCCAACUAUCUGAUAAUCUGAAUCGUAUAUUUAUAAUUUUGUUUUGCUUGUGAUAUUAUUUAUUAUUUUGAUUGCCCGAGUUUUAAUCGUAAUACCUCUGUAAAUAGCACUUAGCCAUUAAUAGUAGCUCGUAUCUAGAUUUGUAAGUUAAUGCACACUCGGUGUAUUGUGGCCAGUGCCGGCUAUGACAUCGCCGAUUGAAAGUGAAUACUUAAUGCAUAUUUUUCUUUUCUUUUUGGUUUGAAUUUGAAAUUAGUUUGCCUUACCAUUGGCCUUGACAAAAUGUGAAACAAAGUCGAAAUAUUUAAUAAAAUUUAUGCAUUAUUCCAACAUAAAA